AUGUGGGACAUUUUUCUAGCUUUGCUUGAUGGAGACCUGAAUGCAGAAGAAAACAGUACUGCACAAGUUUAAAUUUGAUUUCAAGUUGAUUGUCCAGUGAAGUGACUGUAGUUGUUCUGCACGGGUGGUCGUCCUGAUGGUCGUAUAGUUUAGGAACGUUUUGUUGCAAUACAGUAAAAACCCGCGAUUAAGAACCCGCAUUUUUUCAAGUUAGCCUAAACAAGUUCUUACAGAAAUGGUAAUUAGCACAAAUUUAGGCCAUUUAGGUUCUUAUCUUCUAAAGAAAAAAUAGAUUACAGCUAAGAGUAUUUAGUGGUAUUCAGCUUAUUCUCUAAUAAAAUCUGCAUAGGUAUUCAGCUCGGAUUCCCCAAUAAAAUCUGCAUACCAUUACAUUCAGCUGUACAUUGCAGUUGGACGGGUAAUUCUUCAAAGAGGGUCCUGAUUGCUGGCUUAUCGCAUUUGCUCAUUCUUACUGCGUUUCUUCUUAGAGAUUUUAGAAAAUAAGAACCUGUUUCAAAUUUUAGGCUUAACUGGUUCUUGUAUAGAAGGGGCCUAACUGGUAAAUUUUGGCCUAAAAGGUUCUUAAAAACAAGGUUCCUAAGCCGCAAAUUUCUACUGUAUCUCACUACACUUUCCGUGAAAAUUUUCACAUUAUGCUUGAAAACUAAAUUCCUAACAGCAUCUUUUUACCACUAUACGAUGGAGACCGAAACAGGAACACCUGACUGAAAACUAAUAAAUGGCUUUGUUUUAGGAGCGGAUGUUAUUUCCACGGUUGGUCGAUAAUUUUUCAGUAAUUUUAAGACUAAAGAAUGACUUGAUUGAUCGAGGUCAGUGACUAUUCAAUUCCUUUGCAAUGAUUUAAUCACGUCCCCGUCGAUAUGAUCAAGUUUUUAUUUUUCGUACAUUUAUAUCAAGUUAUUUUUUUUUUACCCAAAACAAGCAAACAAGUGUUGCACUGUAGGACACAGGACGCGGAAUUUACUAGAAACUCAAAAGUUUUCGACAGAGAAAUUAUGAUUACAUUAGUAAUUCACUUGAGGUACAGUCAUUAAAGUGUAGCGAGGAUUGUUAACUGCUAUCUCACUUGGGGAUUAAAAUCAACAUUUAUUAAUAUAACUGGCGCUAGAUAUCGAAGAAGCCAUAAAGGAGAAUGAAAAUUAAGGAUAUGAUGAUCUGUGCCUGUUAAGUCUUCCGCUUUUUAUCAACUCAGUUAGCUUACAUAUUAAGAGUCUCUUAAAUUAAUUGUUUGUUUCUUCCAUUCUGAAUAAAUGUUAUCUUUGUCAUUAGUGAGUCAGCGAAAACACAAUGGCCAACGCGGAAUAAAAACAAAAUUCCAAGAAUAUUUUUGUCUGGAAACUCCAUAAAAGAAAAAAGUGGACAGCUAACAGUCAGUGAAGUUCAGCUUAGUUCUUCGUCACCAUUUAAACGCGCAGUCUAUUCGCUAUUAGUCCAGUAUCCUUCGAUACAGAGCAGGUAAGGACGAAAACUCUAUCGAAAAGACUUUUUGCUUAUAAAAAUGUAUAUCUCAUAGUCUAUGAUCUGACUGAGUCUUAGCAAACUUUAAAGAGUUACUACUGACUGAAUUUAUUCAUAUUGGAUUGAAGUUUACUUUCCAACUUGAGUAAUGGAUAAUGUUGGGGGAAGUUCUCUUAGCUAUAUCAAUCAUUAAUAAUCUGAUAUCGCUUAACUUGUGAAAUAGGUAGCAGACACUUCUUCACAGUAUUACACUCUAAUUUCAUUACUUUCUUUUGGUAUGUUGUAAACUAUUGAGCACUAAUUGUUACGAGAUACUGCUCUACGGGUUACAUAAAAUCACUUGAUCAAACUAUCUCGAUAACUGUCAGCAACCACAAUUAAUAAGUUUCUUUUUUCCGAUAAUUUCUCUUACGUGCCCGAAGUCUGAUAACAUUGAUUUAACCCGGCUUUAAGCUGGGUCUUCAAGCCACCCUCCUUUUACUGAAGCACAAAGUUAUGAAGCAAAAGCAAAAUUUAUGCCUUUCGGGAGCGACUACACAGGAAAUAGGGCCAAGUAUGAAGUCAUUAGGCUGCGGAUACAAUUGAAAACGAUGAAGGGACUUAUUUUUGGUGGCCGUCAGCGGUCUUUUGUUGUGGCUCGUUUUACUCGGCAGUGAAGGACUUGUUUGUUGUUUGUAUACUGCGAAGAAACAACUGAGCCAAACGAACCGCUCGAUGUCUGAUAAAGUGUGCAAGUGACCCUGCAUUCUAUCAGUGAAUUCCAGUUAAGCCAAAGUUCGAAUUCGCAAGCAUAGAAGUAAAGCUAAGAAAGAUGACAGAUUUUUACAUGAUUACAAGGAAUAAAGCGUUUAACAGUACCCUGGCUCCAGAGGUCCGUUCUCAAAAUAUCCUGCGGAUGAAAUAAACCGAGCUUACGGUUUGAUAAGGCUGCCGAAACGUUACUUUUUUCUCCUCGGCGCUUCGCGCCUCUUUAACGCGGCUUCGCCGCUAACCAUAAGUAUCGAUAAGAAAAAAAUAUCCUCUGGAACACAGGGUAGUUUAACAGUAGUUCUUUCAAUUUAACGAAAACAGUAUCGAAACUGAGUUGAGAACCAAUGUGGGCUCAAAAUAACAGAUAAAAUAUUUCUGAGUCGAAGCUUAUCGGUUUAUUCAUUGAAAGCACCGAGUUGUAUAUUAUCUUACAGUGUACUCACGGUACAACUGACUGGAAAGGAAAGGUCUCAGUGAAAGAGUUGAGGGUGGUCUUAACGUAACGGUAAUUAAGGAGCGAUGACCGGAUAUCGAAAUGAUUCUAAUUUAGCAGGCAAUUGAAAUUCGUUCCUUACAUCGCUCGCUUUUCAGUUUGGAGAGAGACUAAGUUUUGAAACAGAAUAAUGUUGAAAUGCUAAGACUGAAAACGACUAUCCUUAUUUAGUUUUUAAUUAUUAUUAUAUAAUCAAGAAAAUGAUAAAUAUAGCCAUUACAGCAACAUAUUACAUCUUUUGUUAUAGAAAUAGGAACUGGGAUAGCCCAGACUUAAUGUAAUUUUGAUUUCUUUUUCUUUCUUUUUUAAUAAUCCAAUCUCAAGCAGCAUAGUUGCCUAUACGUAGCGAGAUUUACAAUUGUACAUUCAAAAACAUAAAUAAAGUUUCCAUUAAUAACGUACCUCGCUCACGAGGAGCUGAAGGAGCAAAGGUUGAGUUUUCAAAGGAUCUGCAGAAUAAUAGUUAGUUUUAUACCAACUCAUGCCAUUUAAACUCAGCAAGUUAGGAGUAUAAACCACAAACCGAACAUUAACAGGCAUUGUCAUGUAGUUUAAUAAACUUUGUCGAUGUUAUGUCACUGAGUCGCUUCAUAUUUGCAUGAUAAUUCUGAAACUGACCUAGAACGCACCAACAGGUGCAUAUAAUGUUACGUAAAAUCAGUGAAUAGCUCAUUCUCGUGAUUUCCAAAUCAGAACUCGGGGAAAAAUAUCUUAAUUUCCUUUAAUAUUGCCAAGAAAUAAACAACAAAUAAACGAAUAAGCCCUGAAAUAUUAGUCAAGAUAUAAGUAUCAAGCGUUCGUUGUUGUAGGAGACCGUACUUUUUUUAAUGAUUAAAUUGAUCUCACGCUUCGGCGUCUUUCUGAAACCAAACGUGGGACAAAAAGUUUUUUCUAGCUUUGCUUUUUAAACAUCUGAGAGCAGAAUAAAAAAGUACUGCCAAGCUGAAAUGUGAUUUCAAGUUUUUUCCUCAAAACACACCAGAUUGAUUUUUAGUUUAGAUACCAGUGAACAAUUAUCUGUAGUUAAAGAACACAGUUCAUGAACAAGCCGUGAACGGUAGACCUUUUAUUAAAUUUCUUUUCUAAAGCACUGGACAAUCAUUUUCUCCUCGUUUUUACAAAGUUCUCAUUUCAGAAUUUUUCUUGGAAUUUAUCCUGUCUAAGUUGUUACUGACAACUUAACCUCGCAUGCAUUUCUUUGUCUACAGCCAGCGGUUGAACUGAACGGUUAAGGAGAUACCAGUGCAGACUAAAAGUUUCAUUGACGGGAGUAAUCAACAUGUCUUCACUAAUAACAGCUGUAUUUAAAGCCACUAUCGGCCUGUUGGUGAAUAAAGGAAGAGAUAAACUGGCAGAAAGGUUGAAUGAGGGUGAUGUUACAGAUCAGAAAUUCCGUGGCCUGAUUGUCCGUGAAAUCGAUGAAAUAAAAUCGAAGUUGGAUGGUUUAGCAAGAAAGGAUUUGUUAGCGAGUAUCAGCCUUUUUAAAGAAGGAAUCGAGUUGUUGUAUGAAGUGUUUGAAAGUGCCAGACCCAGUAGCGAGCAUCGCGCGGUAGAAGCAGCUGCAACAGCUUGUGUUGAGCCAUUCGAUAUUGCUAAAGAAAUGAGGAAAUUACAGCUUACUGCCUUGGAUGAGUCGGCCACGAGGAAGCUUAGCACAGCGAAGGAGACAUUUGGUGAAGCUCGAUUGGAAGCAAUAAAAGCUUUUAGUAAUGAAGCUUUGGAAUUACCUGAUCGCCUGUUAGCUAUGCAAUAUCGACUGAUGGCUACGAUACUGAGGGCAAUUGACAAUCCUACCGACGCAUUAGCGGCUUGUAGAGUCUGCCUUCACGACUUACACCAAGUGCCAGCUGUUAAAGAAUAUUUCAAAGUUGAGUUGGAGGAAGGAUUGAGUUUGAGGGCUCCAUUUAAAAAAAAAGAAAGAAGGCAAAUAAUUUUUUCUGUCUGUCACGCUAAUCGUGUGAUCUUUGAUGUAAUGAACAUGCUCGGUAGUGGAAAAAUGUGGACGUUACCUGAUGUUGAAACUGGGAAAGAGAAAGUUGAUCCACUCCGUCACGAAAGAGUUGUUAAAGCACUGACAAAACAAGGUAACGAGCGCUGCUGUUUGCUAUGGUCAUUUGGUCAGGAGGGUGAAGAGAAGCACAAGCUGGAGUGUCCGUUUGGUAUCGCUACAAACCAUAGAGGCCAAUUCCUGAUAGCAGACAAUGGGGAUAAAACCGUGAAGGUGUUUGAUAGCAACGGAAAGUUUGACUUUAGGUUUAAUCCUCAAACUGAUGACGCCGAUACAAAGUUAGUUAUUUUGGAUGUCGCCACUGCAGGCGAGGACGGCAGGAUUUAUCUUCCGGUCGGACUGAAGAAGCCUGGGGCUGAGGAAUGGGAGAGUGAAGUGCAGGUUUUUAACAAGACUGGUGACCUACAGCACAAGUUUCCUGUGAGGAGACGGGGCUGGGACGACAAACUAACAGUGACCAGCGGCAAACAACGCGGCAAAAUUCUGCUGUUGGCACGUGACGAUGUUGAUAUUCAUGAGGCGAGUGGCGAGUUCGUUUGUAGCUUUGGUGGAGGAGUGUUCAAGGAUGCAAGAGAUAUCACUGCUACUUGUGAUGGUCGCGUCAUGAUCCUGGACCUAGGCGAUGACAGUUUGUACAUAUUUGAUGUGGAGGGACACCAGCUUGGCAAAUUUAAUAUCAAACAUGAGAGAGAUGUCUAUGAUCGCAUUGCAUGUCACCCGGCAAGUGAACAUUUUGUCCUUGCUGGUAAUGAACGAGAGACAGGCCGCCUGACGCUGGCUAUAUACACUGUUAAUGGCGAAUUUGUUCGCAGAAUUCAGCUGGAUGAAGUAGUACUUUCAGUACGUGGAAUAACAGUGACCGUGGAGGGUCACAUUGCUGUGGCUUUACAGGCUAUUAAAGACGAAGAUACUCUCCAAGUAAAGGUAACUGCUGUGGCUUACUACGGAAAGGUAAUUGUUGUUUAA